GUGAGGCGUGUGUGGGGUCGACAAGCCGAAGAGGUCGUUCCGACAAAAGAAGUUUGCAGGGAAAAAAGGUGGUCCUGCUCAAAAACACCGUUCAGAGAGGGGAGCGACGGGUGGAUUACUUAUCUUUUCUUACUACGGUUUUGUUCAUUUUACAGGCUCUAAAUGAAAAGACAAACUAUAGUAAUUGGUCCAAGAUGUUAUUCGACAGUGGCGGGCUAGAUAAGUGUUAUUUUGCCAACUUGAUUUAAGUUUGUAAAGUCCGAACCAGAAAAUGGAGAGAACAGCUGAGAGUGGGGUGAGGAGGAGGCUGUCGUUGGCAAGCCGCGGAGUCCUGCCUUGUUCCCCCCGCCGUCGUUUGUAACCAGUUAUCUUGCCGAUUACCUCGCCAACUUGAAGAGAAGAGUUUUUGACCCAGCCAGUCUACCACCUGCUUCAGUACAAGGCUGGGUGUCCGUGCUGGGAGCUGUAGUUUGGGGCUGCUGUGUCCCACUGACCCAGGCUGUGAGAACUGCUGUGUGGUUGGCGCUCUUUGGCUGAGUUGGGAGGAGAGGAGGUGUUGGGAAGAGAGCAGAGGGGAGGGGAGGCGUUAGGAGAGAGGGGAGGUGAGAGGAGGUGUUGGGAGUAGAAGUGAGGUGAGGGGAGGAGGAAAGGUGGGAGGUGAGGAUGUACAGGUGAGGUGAUGGGUUGCCGGACAAGCAAGGUCCUCCCUGAACCACCAGGGAACGUUCAGCUGGACCUGGUGAAGCAGGCCGACCCGGCCCAGACCCAGACCCACACUGACAUCUACAAGCACUUCAUCAGGGGCGACGGCACCCGAACCGCCUCUGCCAGUAAGAUGGGCUCCUCCCCCUCCCCCCAGCACCACGCCCAGGCCGCCUUUCCAUUGUCUCAGACCCCCGCGGCCAAGGACCAAUCCGAAUCAGGGGCAGACCCCCGUCGGAACAAGGUCGCCAGGUACCGAGCCAAGUUUGACCCCCGGGUCACGGCCAAGUACGACAUCAAGGCUCUGAUUGGCCGCGGCAGCUUCAGCCGGGUGGUGAGGGUGGAGCACAAGAGCACCAGGCAGCCGUACGCCAUCAAGCUGAUCGAGACGCGCUACCGCGAGGGCCGCGAGGUGUGUGAGUCGGAGCUUUGCGUGCUCCGCCGCGUGCGCCACACCAACAUCAUCCAGCUGAUGGAGGUGUUCGAGACGGCCGACCGCGUCUACAUGGUGAUGGAGCUGGCCACCGGCGGGGAGCUGUUCGACCGCAUCAUCGCCCGCGGCUCCUUCACGGAGCGCGACGCCACGCGCGUCCUGCAGAUGGUGCUGGACGGGGUCAAGUACCUCCACACCCUGGGCAUCACCCACCGCGACCUGAAGCCCGAGAACCUACUGUACUACCACCCGGGGGCCGACAGCAAGAUCAUGAUCACCGACUUUGGCCUGGCCUCCACCAGGAAGAAGGGCGACGAGUGUCUGAUGAAGACCACGUGUGGCACGCCUGAGUACAUUGCCCCUGAGAUCCUGGUGAGGAAACCCUAUACCAACGCUGUGGACAUGUGGGCACUGGGAGUGAUCUCCUACAUCCUGCUCAGCGGGACCAUGCCCUUCGAGGACGACAACCGCAUGAGGCUCUACCGACAGAUCCUCAAAGGGAAAUACAGUUUCUCUGGAGAGCCCUGGCCCAGCGUGUCCAACCUGGCCAAGGACUUCAUCGAGCGGGUGCUGACGGUGGACCCCAGCGAGCGUCUGACGGCCGGCCAGGCGCUGAAGCACCCCUGGGUGGUCAGCAUGGCCGCCUCGUCCUCCAUGAAAAACCUGCAGCGCUCCAUCUCCCAGAACCUCCUGAAGAGGGCGUCGUCGCGCUGCCACAGCACCAAGUCGGCCCAAUCCACCCGCUCCAGCCGCUCCACCAAGUCCAACAAGGCCCGGCGGGCCCGCGAAAAGGAGCUCCGGGAACUCAACCGCCGCUACCAGCAGCAGUACAAUGGCUGAGCCAGGCCGGGCUGGUCUGCAGGCCGGCACUUAACCCACACAGGCCUGAACCAGAGGACCACUUAGUCCAGCUACUGUCCCUCCAUCCACACGUCCAUCCGUCUUAGACCACAGAGCCAAUGAGGCAGUAAUCAGUAUAGAACAUAUUCAUCAUAAAUAUCAUCUUCCUCUCCUGUCCUUUCCAUUCCUCUACCUCCUCCUGUCUAACUGCCCCCCCCCCACAUACCCUCCUCUCUCCUCUACUUGAGUGCUCUUCGUAUUUAUUUAUUAUUGUCGACAUGACUAUAUUGACUGUUGUCUCCGUUACCAUGGUCACUUGAAGCUGUCCAUCCAAACGGAUCUGUUGAACAGAAUUCUGGGUGAUGAAGUUUUAGGAAGAUGGGCGAGAAACUUGUUCUCUGCUUUUUCCUUCCUGAUGAUCUUGCUGUGAAUUUCCUCUGGCUGUUACAACUCUGAGAACGUUGACUGUGGAGCUUCCAGCCUGCCUCCAGAGGGCAGGCUCACCAGAAUACUCUGCUACCACACGAUGUCAACAAAGGCCAAACGACUAUUAUUUAUUAGAUGAUAUAACCCUUGUAUAACCCUGUCUCCUGUCCUGAUUGACUCGCUGCAAGCAAUCUGAAAAUUACUUUUUCUGUGAUCUGUUGAUGAGGGAUGUUGAUGUUUUGGGGGUGAUGACACAAACACAAGUGUGUAAAUUACAAAUGGUACAAAGUUUGUACCAUUAGUUUACAUACCUCCUGGUACUUGUCAGUGCAGCCACUGACCAAAUGAUGCAGAUAUUUGGUGCAAGAAAGCAAACCAGUCAAAUACACAGUAGGUUGGUCUAGAACCACAGGUACGAAAAUUGACUGUUUUCCUGUCAGAAUGGUGGUACCUUAGUGCACUUAAUCUGAGACCAUUAGUGAUGUCUAUCCCCUGGGCAUCAUAUGACUGUUUCCUUUUCAGAACACAGCACUUCUACCAGAGAUCUACACGUAGAAGAGUUUUAAAGUGUGUGGACAUGUCUGUCUGUAGCAUUGUGUCCGGAUGACGUCAUUAUGUCCAUGUUUGAUUGGAACAUUUCAUUUUUAUGACUGUCGUUUAAUGUUCUAAGCCAAUCAGAAGCCCUGGUCAGAGUUGGUUGCUAGGGCCCUCAGUAUGGACCUGUGAUGUCAUCUACUCAGGUGGAUUAUUGUGAACUUUUAAGAUACUGGAAUCAACAGAUCUGCAUCUGCUGACCUCACCCGUCCCUCUCUCCAAGGUUCCCCUCCUGUCACCCAACGUCCUCUCCUGUCACCCUGAAUGUUCUCCCAGUUCUACAACGUUCUUCUAUCCUGACUCUACUACUGUAUGUUCUUCAUGGGCCCUACCCUAGAAUGUUUUUACCCCUCUCUGUCAGUUGUGACGACCUGUUCAGGCUUCAGGCCAGAGUACCGGCCACGCAAGGACACAGAAGAGAACCUUGACCCUGGGGUCAGCCAUGGUGAAGCCACAAGAAACCAGCCUGCCAUCAAGAGAUAUACGUCUCAGUGAUGGAUCUCUCCCAUGGAGUGCUGGGGACUCAUUUCUCUGGUUUGUCAUCAGUGACUUUCCAUAAAGUAAGCAAGUACUUGACCUAAAUGUUUGUGGAGUCAGUCAUACAACAACGUCUGAUGGUGAAGUGUUUUAGUGUGCCGAGAGGAUGGUGAAUAACCAAAUAGUAUUUGUAAGCAACUUUGAAGAACGUAAACACCUUGUAAAAGUGUUUCCUUUUAUAUCCAUAGGGUUUGUAUAAAUGAUGGCCUUAGAUGAAGUAGCCAAUUCAACACUUCCGAUUACAGUUGUUUUUCUGUGUAUUUUAAAUUGUGUAUUUUUGUGUCUGAAUGAUAACACAUUGUUUUCUAUACUUUAACUAUUUUUAAAUGGAUUGGUUCAGUCGUUUUUGUGCAAGGUGUGACAAUAAAACGGUACCUU